UCGAGGAGACAGGAAGAGGCAGGGGUUGGGACUACUAAUCAAAGUUUACUACUGUACAUGCCAGACACGGAACAGUGGGGCUUUCACAACAUCCCCGAAUCGCACGAUGGGAAAAUAAGUCGUUGUGUACAGCUUUCCUCCUGCUAUUCCCACGGACUACACAAACCCACCCCUGCCGAAAUCAAAAGACGCUUUGCGCAGGCGUGCGGUUCCGAGUCCGGUGCGGAAAUAAUCACAGGCGAAGUCACGUGUAGAUCUGUGCACACAGCGGGCUGUCUACGUCCUGCAGAAAUCAAGUAUUUACCUGAAACUGCUGGGUAAUGAGUUAGUUGACUGGACUUUGCACCACGGAACCGGAGUCCGCCUGUUAUUGUUUCUGCUGUGCAUUUAACCCGGAACUUUUUUUUUAUAUAAAGUAAAAUUCCGUCCUCGCUUCCCUUCAUUUGGGUCAAGUGUCUGCAAAAAAAUAAUGCCCCCGUUAAAGUUCUGUGCCAACCUCUCCUGGCUGUUCACGGAGCUGCCAGAGUUCGCCCAGCGGGCUCAAGCGGCGGCGGCAGCCGGGUUCCGGGCGGUGGAGGCGGCGUGGCUGUACGACGCGGACCCGCUGGAUCUCCAGAAAGCCAUUACACAGGCCGGGGUGGACGUUGUGCUCAUAAACACACCGCCUGCCCACAGAGUACCCACAGUCCGCCGGUGUGCUGUUGCAGGAGAUGUCGGGAGGGGAGACCUCGGACUGGGGGCAGUGCCUGGCCGGGAGGAGGAUUUCAGGGCAGGCCUGGACCUGGCUGUGCGGUAUGCCAGAGCCCUGGACUGCGACAGGAUUCACCUGAUGGCCGGGAGAGUGCCCGCAGGGCAGGAUCGAGCAGCUGCAGCUGGGGAGAUGGAGGCCACCUUCAUUGCCAACCUGAGAUACGCCGCGGAUGUCCUGUCGAAGGAAGGAAUUCUUGGGCUGGUGGAGCCGAUCAACACCAGGAUAACGGAUCCCCGCUAUUUCUUGAACUCGCCGCACCAGGCUGCUGCUAUUUUGCAAAAAGUUGGCCGUUCAAACAUAAAGCUGCAGAUGGACAUCUUUCACUGGCAGAUAAUGGAUGGCAAUCUCACACAAAACAUCAAAACAUGCUUCCCCCUGGUUGGCCAUAUUCAGAUUGCCCAGGUUCCUGGCAGAAAUGAGCCAGACAGUCCCGGGGAGUUGAACUAUCCCUACAUCUUCGGUGUGUUGGAAGAAAUGGGGUACCAGGGGUACAUCGGCUGUGAAUAUCGACCCAAGGGUACCACAGAAGACGGUCUUGGAUGGUUGCAGGAGUAUUGGAGAAGCCACAAGUGAAGACUGAGGUUUGGAUUUAACAUCCCUCGAUUGUUUAAAGACCACCAGACCAGAAGAACAUUUCAAGAGCCAGCAGCCAAAACCCCUUUUUUCUAAGCUUGGCCACGGCAGUGAAAUCCAAGACCUCAAUUCGAGAAAUAAAGGAGUAAUCCUAUGUUACACACUGAACUAAGAAACUGACAUUGAAAUACGGUAAAACAAUUGACUGCACCAGCACUGCCUUUUACAAGAAUCCAGGGUGGAGAAAUGUGGGCCGAGGUCAGUGACACCCACAAGAUGUACUGUAGGUGCAGCCAUUCUGAAGUAAAUAUGCAGAUAUUGUUACAAGAAUGAUCACUGAUAAGGUGCAAAGUCAGAGCGCAGACAUUACCGCUGUGUAUGAAGCUGUAACCUUGAAAGAUGCUCAGUAGAUUAACCCUGCCUGCUGCUAAAUCCAAAGCAAGGUGUUUAGGUGGAGACUCCAGCCUAAAUCAAAGCUGCACCAGUGCUACUUCUAGCAUUGGGAAGUACAGAUUUGUGUACCGAUAGCAGGGGUGGAAACUAUACAGAUUCACAUUUCUCCCUUUCCAGUCUCAAGCACAUGGACACGGACCUCAGCCACUGCACAGACUGUGCUGGUGACUACCCUUUUAAUCGUCAUCGUCCACCGAUGAAAAAUGUCAGGUGUAAAUUGUUGCCUGCCAAAUAAUAAAAAUCCUUGAAAUAAUGAGUGCAGGUGAGAGGGAAUGGGUAUAUAUUACAAAUUAUGCCAUCUCAUUUCAUAAAUGAUCUGUUCAUAUGAAAAGGAAAGCAUUUUUUUUUGCUUUAUUUUAGAGAUUGCACGUUUAUGUGCAGUGUAACCUAUCAAGUUUUUUCUUUGUUUUUUUUAAACGGGAAAUAUAAACAUGAUGACUAGCUUCUUCGCAGUCAGGAUUCCCCUUUUCCUGAGCUCUUAUUUCUCCCACUCGCAGCAGCAGCAAUAGAAGACAAUCUCAGUAUAUCACAGGUUAUGUCAAGUAAAAAGAAUACAGGAAAAGGCAUAUGUAAAUUGCACCUUAAACUCCAAUACGACCAGUUGGUUACUCCAUUAAAGAACUGUGCUCACAGCAAUCAUGG